AUGAAUCUAACACAAGGUUACUUUAGUGAUCGCUGUGUGCAUAGAUGUGUAUUUCCAAAUUAUGGGAAAUACUGUCAGCAAGUGUGUCAGUGUAAACAGUCUGAUUGUGAUCAUGUAACCGGAUGUAGACAAAUUCAAGGUUGUAGCCUUCCUAAUACUAAAUCAGCUGGGAGAGAAACAUGCCUUCCAAACAUCAUCUCACAUGGACUCACACCAAAUGACUCGUGCUGGGCUGACCUAUUAGCUAACAUGAGCAAGGGUUCCUUUUGUUUUGACCUAGUUUCCACAACUGAACAUUUUUGUGUAGAUUCUUCAGGUAGAUAUUUUACCUCUGCUUUAGCACAGUAUGUACACUCGACGUCAGCGCUAGAUCUACAGGAUAAAGCAUCUGCAUCCCCAUGCAAGCGACCUGGCAUGUGUUCUAUUUCAAAUUGGUGCAAAAAUGGGCAACACGCAGAUGUUUUAAAUGAUUCUUUGGAAUAG